AUGGGUAUAAACGGGCUCCUGCCGAUUCUCAAGUCGAUUCGCGAGCAGAAGCAUGUGAAGGAGUUUGCGCGCACGCGCGUCGGCGUCGACGUGUACGGCUGGCUGCACCGCGGCGUCUACACGUGCGCGUCGAAGCUAUGCCGCGGCGUGGACACGGACCUCUACGUCGAGUACUGCAUGCACCGCGUCCGCAUGCUCAUCCAUUUCGGCGCCACCCCCGUCAUCGUCUUCGACGGCGCCGCGCUCCCCAUGAAAGCCGACACGCACGCCGAGCGCCGCGAACGUCGUGCAGAUGCACUCGCUAAGGCGGAGGCCGCAGCCGCUAAGGGCAACUCGCGCGCCGCGGAGGAUUGGUACCAGAAGGCGUGCCCGGUCACGCCGCAAAUGGCAAGACAGGUCAUUCGACAGCUCAGGAGGAUGAAUGUUGAGUACGUCGUCGCACCGUAUGAGGCCGAUGCCCAGCUGGCGUGGAUGAUGCAGUCCGGCUAUGUUCAGAGCGUUAUCACCGAGGAUUCGGACUUGCUUGUUUAUGGCGCGAGCAAGGUAUUAUAUAAAAUGACCAAGACAGGCGAUGGCGAUUUGUAUCAGACGAAAAAUCUCCCAGCUCUGGAUUCCAUCUCGAUGCUUAAUUUUUCCGACGAUAUGUUUUUGUACAUGUGCGUUUGUUCGGGCUGUGAUUUCUUCAAGGGUGUCAACGGGCUUGGCAUGAAGAAGGCCCAUACCAUGGUAAAAAAGUAUCGCACAAUGGGUCGCCUCAUCCACGCUAUUCGUCAUGAUCGUCGCUUCAUCGUAAAGCGCUCAUUUACGGAGGAUUUUGCCAGAGCCUGUAUGGUGUUUCGCCACCAAACGGUUUUUGAUCUUCGGGAAUCGAAGACAGUUCCGUUGCGAGAGCUGGAUGCAAUCGCCAAGGCCAAGAUCCCGCCAGGUGUAUUAGUGGAAACUGAGGGCGAAACGAUUGAUUGGUCUUUCUUGGGCGCCCAUCGCGACCCUGCAAUAGCCAAGAAAAUUGCCCAAGGGUACCUCCAUCCCGGGUCUCUAAAAGAGUAUGACGAUCCUCUAGAUGUUGUCCAGCGCCCACUCGGCCAGAGGAGAAGGCCUCAGUCAUAUACGCCGGAAAAUCAGAUACGUUCUACUCCGAAAAGGGUGGCAAUGGACAUCCGCGGAUUCCAGGUGCAACCGGCCAAGUCAUCCUCUUCUCCCGGUGGAUUUUCCUUGGCCACCAACUUGCGGCAAAGGCUUACCAGAGGAUCUCGAACGUUUAAUCCGAGACGGAUUGCUGCUGGUUUCAAAGCAGCCAAUAAGUCGUCUCAAACGCAGAACCCGAGAUUUACCGCGAAUCAGUCUGGCGACAUAUGGGCGAGCUUUAAAAGGCCACAGCUCUCUCCGAUUCCUACACAAGCGGAUACCGAUGAGCCGCCGGAGAGCCAAUUCACAUUUCCGGAGGCAGCAACGCCAGAGAAUAGGGGUUCCAGCGGUUCAGAAGAUGAGAAGGAGUCAUCCCCCAGGCGUUUGAACAAAAGACCACGAACUGCCGUCACCGAAGAAGUGAAAAUUGAAUCCAACGAUGUAUGCGCGCCGGAUUCCACGCGUGUUCAGGCAGUCAAUCGAGUAUUGGCCAGGUUUGCCACCCAUCCAAAAGAUGAAAAGAGCGAAAAGUUUGUCCCUGACUCAAUUCCACCACCGCCCAGCCCAGGCCCAGAUGACAACGGGUUUUCGGAUUGCGACGAUGGAGAAAUGCCGCCAAAUGAAAACCCCCGGAAUGACAGUCGAGCAAUGAAGCGAAAGAAGUUAAAAGCCGUCCCAGAAGCAAAGCAGGGUCAGAGCCGUCGAACCCACCUGCAAAGGAGAAUCGACUGGCCCUUCGAAAGGCCAUAUCAAAAAGAAAUCCAUUGA